AUGUCUUCUCAAGAUAAUCGCGACAAUGCUCCUAAUGGUGAUGAGCUCAACGAUUCCAUGGAUCGCUUACAGGUCAAUGAUGAGACUCGUCUUGGCCCCGAUGGCGAACCACUCCCAAAGACCGAUGAAGAAUAUGCAGAAUCUCAACUCACCUUGAGAGCUAUUGUUUCUUCAAAGGAAGCUGGUGUCAUUAUCGGCAAAGGUGGCAAGAAUGUAGCCGACCUUCGUGAUGAGACUGGUGUGAAAGCCGGUGUCAGCAAGGUCGUUCAAGGUGUUCAUGAUCGUGUCUUAACCAUCUCAGGUGGAUGCGAUUCUAUUUCCAGAGCUUACUCUAUUGUUGCGAAAGCUUUGUUGGAGGGCGCACCACAAAUGGGAAUGGGUGGAGUUGUUUCUAACAACGGUACUCACCCAAUUAAGUUGUUGAUCUCUCACAAUCAAAUGGGUACGAUCAUCGGCCGACAAGGACUCAAAAUCAAGCACAUCCAGGACGUUUCUGGUGUUCGCAUGGUCGCACAAAAAGAAAUGCUCCCACAAUCCACCGAACGUAUCGUGGAGGUCCAGGGUAACCCUGAAGGCAUUCAAAAGGCCAUCUGGGAAAUCUGCAAGUGCUUGGUCGAUGACUGGGCUAGAGGAACUGGUACUGUUUUAUAUAACCCCAUGGUUCGCACUCAAACCGGUAAUUCAGGUGGUAUGGGCCAAGGUAAUGUUGGAGGAACUGGUCGUGAGUAUGGUAGCUCACGUGUCAUGCGCACUGGAAAUGGUGCCGACUUCAGUGAGAGUGCUCCACGAUCAUACAACCGCCGUUCUGAAUCGGAUGCCGCUCAACGUGGACCCCCUACUCACGAUGAGAACGGAGAGGAACUCCAAACACAAAACAUCAGCAUUCCAGCUGACAUGGUUGGAUGUAUCAUUGGUCGGGCUGGUUCCAAGAUCAGUGAUAUUAGAAAGACCUCUGGAGCUCGUAUCUCCAUCGCUAAGUCUCCUCACGAUGAGACUGGAGAGCGCAUGUUCACCAUUAUGGGUACUGCUAAGGCUAACGACUCAGCUCUCUAUCUUCUCUAUGAGAACCUCGAGGCCGAGAAGCAACGCCGCAGUCAAGGCAAUGCUCAAGAAUAA